AUGUAUUCGACAUAUCUUCCAGACAAUGUUAUAUAUUUCAAGUUUGAUCAGAAUUCGAGUGUCGUUCUCUCUGUAUUUCAUGGAUUUUUCAAUCGUUUAAAGUUAAAUGAUUUGAAAUCUACUUUUAAUCACACUGAAACAUAUGCUAAUGAAUCAGCAUGUGCACCAGUACAUCUAUCAUUCCCAAUAAAAACAUUAUUUGAAUAUGAUAAUAUAUCUAUUCUUCCAAAACAUCGCUUGAAAAUUCAACAAACAAACUUGAUUCCAGCUAUUUGUUUUUACAGUGAUAGUUUUGUUCCAAUUCAUAAAGGUCAUUUAAAUAUGUUGGAAGAAGUAAAAAAAUACAUUAAUAAUCUUGGAACACAUGAAUUCUUAGCUACAUAUAUAUCUCCAGCACAUUCUAAAUAUGUUUCAAAGAAACUGAAGCCAGAAGAAAUGAUUGGAGUUGGUCACCGUCUAUCGAUGAUCAAUCUUGCCAUUGAAAAUCUCGAUUGGGUAAUGCAUCAUCUAUGGAAGACAUUAACAAAUGUAUCGACUGAUGUAGUACCAAUUCUUUCUAUGAUGUCUGAUACAUAUUUUAGAAAAUCCAUAUUUCUUUCAUCUAUACUUUCAGUAUCUUUAAACAAAUCUAUAACAGUAACUUCAUUCGAGUUCAAACGAAUCGAUCGUAAUCAAGGAACUACUGCUCGUCUCUUUCGUUUUAAUAAUAUUCAAUAUUUAUCCGAGAAUACAAAAUCUUUACCACAAAGUUUCGUAUUUAAAGUAUCGGUUAACCUUCCGAAUGGACUUGUUGUUGCAAACGAGCCAAGAUUUUAUCAACAGUUUGCACCACGGAUUUCUAACAAUCUAUUUCGACGUCGUAAUCAACCGCAUAAUCUAGUUGUAAUCGAUUGGCAAACUUGUUCUCGUGCAAAUGGAUUAAUUGAUCUCGUAUUUUUCCUUCGUUAUAAUAAUCGGAAUCAAGUUCGGUUACUUGAACCAAAAGCUUUAGAAGUCUAUCAUCAGAUUCUUGUUAAAUAUGGAGUUUCACAAUACUCACUAUCCCAGAUUCGCAAUGAUUAUUAUUCACUUGCUCUGCCAUUUAUGUUCAUCAACUACAAUAUUUGGCGAUUUCCAGGAGAAGAUAGAUUUAAUGAAAUGGUGAUGAUGUUGGAAGAUACGAUCACAUAUGGCAAUAAUCCUUAA